AUGGAACUAAACAACUUUGAUUUCAAAGCAGCUCAAAACCCCACACGAUUAGAUUCCUUGAGAAAAAAGUGGUUACUACAACAACGGCGGCAAUCACACGAUGAUAACGGAUUGAGUAACACGCCAGAAGAUGAUGACUUCUCCAUGACCUUGUUACCCACGAAUAUUUUCUAUCGGCAAAAGUUAAACAAGUUGAACAUCCCGCCACGUUUCAGCCGAAGGGUAGCUUCAAUCGAUGACUGCAACCGUACUAGAGUAUUCCAUACACAAGUGAAAUGGAGAACUUUUGAUGCCGAAAGACGUUGUUCAAACGAACUGCAAAAUACCUGUGGAGCAGAUGUCAGAUUGAGCAAUUUGGUGCUGCAUUGUCUACCUGACAGACGACCGUCAUUUAUCUACCGCCUGGAAACAGAUGACUGUUAUUCCGUAUAUAGUUCGCGGCACACUUCAAUUACCGGUGACGAGACUUUGUCCGAUACACAACUGAAGACACUAUCACAGCAUACUUCUCAGUCGGCAAGUGUGCCCAUACCUGCUGCAACGCAAGGACUAGGGAAUUCUAGUGUGUAUGAACCAUCGGAAAAGACAAUCAAUGAUCUGAACGCGAAUGGUUAUCAAUUACGUCACGAACGCCGUAGUUUACCGGACGUUGUGAUCACUUCAGCAUCAAUGGCAUCUACAAAACCGUGUAUACUGAAAAAACCCAGUCUCCAAUUAGACAGUGAAACCGGCCGGCGACCUACACUGGAUGUAGAAACAACAGCGCGUUUGGCCGAGGCUGAAAGCGUUGGUUUUGAUGAGGCUGUUGGAGCUGAUGCAACACCAAUGAAGACGGAUUAUCGCUCCAAGAGCUUGGGGGCCACGCAGUUGUCAAAACAAAUACACGGAAGCCCGCAGACUAGGGCAUCAACUAGCAAUGCAGCUCAUCAUAACGAUACAUCAAUGAAUAAAAACUUAAAGAAGAACAGCUUGAUGCGACUGUCCACCUUAAAAAGAUUUCAGAAACAUUUACGGAAACUGGGUUCUCUAAAACUUAAUCAUACUUCCGAGAAAGUGGGAUCCGAUGGGUCUGAGGAUGACCCAACUGUUUCCCUUCGUCGAUCAAAAGAAUCCCAUUUAUUAGAGGAGGAAGAUGAUUUGUCUGAGCCAACAUCCGUCGGAGAUCGUCUCGGUCAGUUGCCUCCUAAGUCAAUGUCAAGGAGUUCUCGACUGGCCGGAUAUGGUGCUGGUGAGGGAAUUUACAAAUCAAUUAACAUAACCGAUAAGUUAAAUUCCACUCAUAGUAGUACAACCGCAGCUGUCCCUCGGCCUGGUGGAAUAAGACGAGGUUCUUUGUGUAUUUUCAGCCAGGUGGAUGAACCCAUUGUGACUCCGUUUGCUCAAAUCCUUGCUAGCCUGCGGAGAGUUCGUGCGAAUUUCAUACUCUUGACAAAUGUGCACAGUUCAAAAGAUUCGCAUUUCGGAACAUCACACGCACCAACUGGAGAUGAACGCAGACUUUCUAGGACGCUCCUCGUCAGUGAACAGCUCAAAUCCACAGCAGCUGAAACCCUGGAGGAGUUGGAAUGGUGCCUGGAACGCUUAGAAAAUAUUCAAACGCACAGAUCGGUUAGUGAUAUGGCCUCGAGCAAGUUCAAAAAAAUGUUGAACAAAGAACUCAGUCAGUUCACUGACGGAGGCCGAAACUCCAAGCAGAUAUCUGAAUACAUCUGCUCCACAUUCCUCGACUCGAAAGAGGUCGAAGGAACGUCGGUUACAGAUGGCGCAAGUGAUGCAGCAUACCCUUCUUCCAAUGAAUAUGUCCCAUCAGACAGCGAGGAUAGGCAACAGUCGGCCGGAAUGUCAACCACUGAACUGGAAACUAAAACUGGACCUGUUGUUCUAUCCACUCCUGCAGAUUUAUCUGUUCAAGGUCGAGCCCGUGUUUCGGACAUAGCUUCACACUUUAUGCACUCUACAGAUGAAGAUGAGGUAAUCAAGCCAUACGGUGUAGUGUCAAAUUACCCGAAACAGCUGGAAACGAUUCUCAUUCAGUCAUUGGAUAUUUGGGGACUGGAUACCUUCGAAAUGGCACGACUCACCCCGAAUCCGCUCACUUGCGUGUUCUACUCCAUUGUUCAGAAACGGGGACUGAUCAAACGAUUUGCGCUAUCGGAACGAGUCAUUAUCCGCUAUAUGAAUGUGGUUGAGGAUCACUAUCGGGCCGUAACCUAUCAUAAUCGCGUGCACGCAGCCGAUGUUGUCCAAUCUACACAUGUGCUCCUCAACGCACCGGCUCUUUCCUCCGUAUUCACCGACCUUGAGGUUCUGGCGGUGCUGUUCGCCUGUGCCGUGCAUGACGUGGAUCACCCAGGUUUGACCAAUCAAUAUCUGAUUAAUUCUAACGAUCACUUGGCUAUAAUGUAUAAUGACGCUUCAGUUUUGGAAAACCAUCACUUGGCAGUGGCAUUUCAGUUACUCAAUCGAUCAGGUUGUGACAUGUUCGAAAAUUUGGCAAAAAAACAACGACUGAGUCUGCGACGAAUGACUAUUGACAUGGUAUUGGCCACAGACAUGUCGAAACACAUGAGUUUGCUCGCGGAUCUCAAAACGAUGGUCGAAACGAAGAAGGUAGCUGGGUCGGGGAUUCUCACUUUGGACAACUACAGUGACCGCAUGCAGAUUCUUCAAAACAUGAUCCAUUGUUCGGACCUGAGUAAUCCCACAAAACCUUUGGCAUUAUAUCGUCAAUGGACUAAAAGAAUCAUGGAAGAACUUUUUCGUCAAGGUGAUCGCGAACGGGAAAAAGGCAUGGAAUUGAGUCCCAUGUGUGAUCGGAAUACAGCCUCGGAGGAAAAAACUCAGGUGAGCUUCAUCGACUACAUUGUGCAUCCAUUGUGGGAAACCUGGUCUGAAUUGGUACAUCCUGAUGCUCAAAAAAUCCUCGAAACACUUGAAGACAAUCGAGAAUGGUACUUGGCACAGAUGGUGGAGGAGUCACAAGAGGAACCAAACAAAGAUGGAUGA